AUGGAGCCAGCAACCAACCAAGAAGGCGCGAGUGACCUCAAGCCCUUCUCAGAAACCACGACUACUUCAGCGCACCUGAAGCCCAGGACAGCAGUAAUGGAGGCCAUCGAAGACAUCAUCUACGGUUCCGUCGCCGUCAUAGUAGGCAAAUACAUUGAGUACCCCUUCGACACAGUCAAGGUCCGCCUACAAUCCCAGCCCGACCACCUCCCGCUUCAGUACAGAGGCCCCCUAGACUGCUUCCGGCAGUCGAUCCGAGCGGACGGCUUCCUGGGCCUGUACCGGGGCAUCAGCGCGCCGCUGGUGGGGGCGGCGCUCGAGAACAGCAGCCUGUUCUUCUGGGAGCGGCUGGGGCGCGCCGCCGUCUACGCCGCGGGCUACACCCCCCGCGACCAGGCCCUGCCGCUGUCCGCCCUGUGGGCCACGGGCGCCUUCUCCGGCGCCAUGACCUCCUUCGUGCUGACCCCCGUCGAGCUGGUCAAGUGCAAGAUCCAGGUACCCGCGUCGGCAAGCGAGGGGGGCUCUAAGGCGCCGCCGCCGCUUCGCCCGCUGCCUGUCAUCCGCGACAUCUGGCGGCACCAGGGCCUGCGCGGCUUCUGGCAUGGUCAGUUGGGCACGCUGAUUCGGGAGUCCGGGGGUUGUGCGGCGUGGUUUGGGUCGAAGGAGACGGUGACGAAGCUGAUGCGGGAGUGGAAUGAGCGGUCGGCGCGGUCGGAGGCCGAGCGUGAGCGGGUUCGUGCCGCGGAUGCCCUACCGCUGUGGCAACAGGCUGUGGCGGGCGCGUCGGCGGGGAUGAUGUAUAACUUUUUGUUUUUCCCGGCGGAUACCGUCAAGUCGCGCAUGCAGACCACGCCGAUUGGGGAGGGCGCGGCGCCACAAAGGAGCUUUUCUGGGGAGACGGCGGCGCUUUGGAAGCAGGCGGGCUUGAAGGGGUUUUAUCGCGGGUGUGGAAUUACGGUGCUGAGGUCGGUGCCGAGUUCGGCGUUUAUUUUCAUGGUUUAUGACGGAUUGAAGAAGUACUUCCCCAUGCAGUGA